UUCCUCCGCGCUGCUUGGUGGGAAAGCAAAACCUUUUGUCGGUCUCGGACGAGUGGCGGCCGGCGGCUUGGGGAGAGCCCGAGCCGGAGCCGGAGCUCCCCCCCAGCCCGCAGGGACAUCCCGGGCUGCCCACCGCCGCCAUGCCUACGGCGGGGGAGCCGCCGAGCGCGGCCGCCGAUGUCCUGGAGGCCGACGAGCUGCAGUAUCUGCGGCAGGUCCGGCACAUCCUGCAGCACGGCCACCGAAAGGACGAUCGCACCGGCACCGGCACCAUCUCCGUCUUCGGCAUGCAGGCGCGCUACAGCCUCAGAGAUCAGUUUCCACUGCUAACAACCAAGAGAGUGUUCUGGAAAGGCGUGUUGGAGGAGCUGCUGUGGUUUAUCAAGGGUUCAACAAAUGCCAAAGAGCUCUCUGCAAAGGGUGUGAAGAUUUGGGAUGCCAAUGGAUCACGUGAAUUCCUGGAUAAGCAGGGGUUUUGCACCAGAGAGGAGGGGGAUUUGGGACCAGUUUAUGGUUUCCAGUGGAGGCACUUUGGCGCAGAAUACAAAGAUAUGCACACAGAUUAUUCCAACCAAGGAGUUGAUCAGCUGAAAAAUGUGAUUGAUACGAUCAAAACCAAUCCAGAUGACAGAAGAAUCAUUAUGUGUGCUUGGAAUCCCAAAGAUAUUUCUCUGAUGGCUUUGCCACCUUGCCAUGCCCUUUGCCAGUUCUAUGUUCUAAAUGGAGAAUUGUCUUGCCAACUCUAUCAGAGGUCUGGAGAUAUGGGGCUAGGAGUGCCUUUCAAUAUUGCCAGCUAUUCGCUGCUCACAUACAUGAUUGCCCAUGUCACAGGGCUGAAGCCUGGAGAGUUCAUACACACAUUAGGAGAUGCUCACAUAUAUCUGAAUCAUGUGGAACCUCUAAAAAUUCAACUUCAAAGGGAGCCAAGACCUUUCCCCAAACUCAAAUUUCUUCGUAAGGUUGACGACAUCUGUGACUUUAAGGCAGAAGACUUUGAGAUUGAAGAUUAUAAUCCUCAUCCACCUAUUAAAAUGGAGAUGGCUGUUUAAUGUUAUGGAACACUUCUAUUAACAUGGAAAUUUACCUAAGCUACUUAGCUUUCUCUGUGCUUACAGUAACAUUUUUUUUUAUAUACUUCAAAAGGUAUAUGCUAUAUUAUUGAAAAAUGGGCGAUAAUAGGUCAAUGUUAUCUUCAGUACUGAGUUGUCAUAACAAAACAAAUUUCUAGGCAUGGAAAGCGCUGCUGUUUUUUUCCAUCUGUUACAAAGCAGAGUAGAAUUCUUAGCUUCUGUGAGUUGGAAGAGUUUGGAUUAUUCCUGCUGUGUAAGCAAUGCAUGUGCUAUGCAGAGGUUACCCCAGCUUUAGGUUGCUUGUGAGAUGGUUUUCUACACAUCAUUGCAGUUAACAGUGGCCAUUUCAGUUACCAUUCAUCUACUAUUUCCGAGUCAUACUUGCUUAGGUGAUUCAUUUAGUACUGAAAAUAAGAACUUCUAUGUGUGAUAGAGGAUUUCUUCAAGUUCAUAGAAGCCUUUAAAAUACAUAUGUUUAAUAAAGCUUUUUUUAAAAAAAGUC